UCUCACUCUCUCUCUCUCGGGUUCGCUUUACUGCUAGCUCUGUCUCUCACUUCCAGAGUCCAGACGGAGACCGAUGACCUCAGCCAUUACUAACCAAAUAAUCGACGAAGACGACGACGGUUUUGAUUGGGAAGCAGCCGUUAGAGAAAUCGAUGUGGCUUGCCAAACCGCGAAGCCCUGCACUCCACGACCGGACCAAUUUUCCCAUUUUGCCCCUACCAUUUCAAAUUUUCUUUGUUCUAAGAAUAAGAAAAGGGCAGUGCCUUCUCGGCAAUCUACGCUAGAUAAAUUUGUCGCCAAGGCGGGCCCACCGAGGCCUCGUUCGGAGGAACCGGAUCAAGAUCGUGCUAAGGGUGAUGAAGGGGUCGGAUACAUUGACAUUGAUGCGGACGCAGCCAAAACUUGGAUAUACCCAGUUAAUGUUCCUCUUCGUGACUAUCAAUUUGCUAUUACCAAGAAGGCGUUAUUUUCUAAUACACUGGUGGCAUUGCCGACUGGGCUUGGGAAGACACUUAUUGCUGCAGUUGUAAUGUACAACUACUUCAGAUGGUUUCCUGAUGGAAAAAUAGUCUUUGCUGCUCCUUCUCGACCACUUGUCAUGCAACAGAUAGAAGCAUGUCAUAACAUUGUAGGAAUUCCUCAAGAAUGGACAAUUGAUAUGACGGGUCAGAUAAGUCCUGCAAAGAGAGCAUGCUUUUGGAAAACUAAACGAGUUUUCUUUGUCACUCCACAAGUGCUGGAAAAAGAUAUUCAGUCUGGCACAUGCUUGGUGAAAUACUUGGUGUGUUUGGUGAUUGAUGAAGCUCAUCGAGCAUUGGGAAAUUAUUCUUAUUGUGUUGCAGUCCGUGAGCUAAUGGCUAUACCAGUGCAACUGAGAAUGCUAGCUUUGACCGCAACACCAGGAUCAAAGCAGCAGACCAUCCAGCAUAUUAUUGAUAACUUGAAUAUAUCAACACUUGAAUAUCGCAAUGAAAGUGAUGAUGAUGUUAGCCCGUAUGUGCACAACAGGAAAAUAGAGUUGAUCCAGGUUGCAAUGGGGCAAGAUGCGGUAGAAAUAAAUAAUAAGCUCUCAGAAGUAAUACGUCCAAUUGUAGCCAGGCUUUGUGCUGUUGGAGUUCUCCAGAAUAGAGACUAUCAAACCUUGAGCCCAUGUGAGUUACUUAACUUUAGGGAUAAAUUUCGUCAAGCACCCCCACCAGACCUUGCCCACAUUAAGUAUAAUGAAGUGGAAGGAUAUUUUGGAGUUCUUAUUACUCUUUAUCAUAUUCGUAAGCUACUCUCGAGCCAUGGGAUAAGGCCAUCAUAUGAAAUGCUUGAAGAGAAGUUGCAACAAGGGUUUUUUGCAAGAUUUAUGAGUAAAAAUGAAGAUAUAUGGAAAGCAAAACUCUUAAUGCAGCAAAGCUUGUCGCAUGGUGCACCGAGUCCGAAAUUGUCCAAAAUGUUAGAAGUACUGCUUGAUCAUUUCAAAACAAAGGAUCCACAAAACUCAAGGGUUAUUAUUUUCUCAAAUUUUAGGGGAAGUGUCAGGGAUAUAAUGGAAGCACUAGGGAAUAUCGGGGAUUUAGUUAGAGCUACCCAGUUUAUUGGCCAAAGCACAGGAAAAGCAUUGAAAGGCCAGUCACAAAAAGUUCAACAGGAUGUUUUGGAGAAAUUUCGGGCUGGUGGUUACAAUGUUAUUGUUGCCACAUCAAUUGGUGAAGAAGGCCUGGAUAUCAUGGAAGUUGAUCUUGUAAUAUGUUUUGAUGCUAAUGUGUCGCCAUUGAGGAUGAUUCAGCGCAUGGGAAGAACUGGAAGAAAGCAUGAUGGACGAGUUGUAGUUUUAGCUUGUGAAGGUUCAGAACUGAAGGGUUACAUGCGAAAACAGGCAAGCAGCAAGGCUGUUAGAAAACACAUGCGAAAUGGGGGAAUGAAUAGUUUUAACUUUCAUUCUAGUCCAAGGAUGAUUCCCCAUAUUUACAAACCAGAAGCCCAACUUGUUGCACUGUCAAUUGCACAAUUCGUUCCACGGGGAAAGAAAGUGAAAGAUAAUCAUGCUAUUCAAACAUCUGUGUUUGAAGACAAACUGACUGUUGCCGAGACUAGUUUACUUGCCAAGUAUUUCCACCAUACAGAUGAGAACACGUGGACACCAUCUCUUAUUGCCUUUCCUCACUUCCAGACAUUUCCAUCUAGAGUGCAUAAGGUAAUGCAUGGAUGUAGAACCGGGAUGCUGAUUGAUAUGAUGCAACAUUUGCAAGGACUAUCCUUUUCCGCAGACAAUAAAACCACUGCUGUUGAGGAUGAAGUCCUUCUAGGAAAGAGUUUGGUGGUCAAUGUUGCUAAACAGCACGGCACUGGAACAGAAGGUUUGCUAGUUCACAAUGAUUCUCUACGCAUAAAAUCACAGAGAGAAGUAUUGGGCUCUGAAGUAUCGCCUAGGGAGGUUUUAAGAACUGAGGAGAAGCAUAGUGUGCUUGAUUUCUGUGGCCAAAAUCCUUCUGCACACUCGUACCUCUUUGGGUCAGAUUACGUAUCUGUUGAUGCUUUUGGAAAAGUCUUAAUUUUAGAUGUCCCUUUACUUCCUUUGAAAGAAGGGCCACAUUCUAAGUAUACAACUGCAAGCAGUACAGUGUCUUUGAAUUCUUCAAAGCAAGAUUUCUGCCAUUUGCAGACUUCAGCUGAAGACAAGAAGGAACUAACUAUGCAAGCUACAUAUGUUGGAGAAAUAACUCCUGUGAAUAGAUGCAUAAAGGAUGAGACUUUGCCAACAUCUGGAUUAUUUGACUCUGAUGUCAAGCAAGAGACGACAUUGGAUGGAGUUGACAAUAUUCCCGAAACACCUAGUUUAAAUGGAAAUUUUUUUGGUGAAGGAGAUAGUGAUGGUGGGACCCCUGAUGUUGAGAUUAUAAAUGGACCACUUCUUCUUGCUGAUGAAUGCAGAAACACUUUCAGAGAUAUUGAGCUCAGUCCACGGCUGACUAAUUUGAUUAAAUGUGGUGUUGUUCCAGAGUCUCCUAUUCAUGAUAAAGGACCACCAAAUGAUGAAAAGAAAGAUGAGUUGCUGAUUUCUGACCUUGUUUCACCUGUCCAAUUGGAUGCUGAAUUGGGAGUGAAGUCUUCAAGUUCAGGAAAAGAUGAACGGGUCAUUAUGGACGUUAUCAACAAUGGAAGAAAUGGUUCUGUUUCUCCUGUCAAUGAUGAAAUUCAAACUCCUGUUUUUAAGUUGAACAAUAAUGUCAGUAUAAGAGGAUGCACCUCCACUUCUCCAGUUGUUGAGGAAGCCCAAACUCCCUUUGUAAACUUGACAAACAAUAGCUCUAACAAAGAUUGGCAUUUGAGUUCUGGAGACAAGUCAGAAAGUGUUGAACAGAGAAGUAAGCUUAAAAGAUUGCGCAAAAUUGGAGAUUAUGGGAAAAGUAGAAAUCUAAAGAUCAUGAAAGAAAAUCUUCUUGUUCCAAUAGCAAACCUUGCAAGAUCAUUUUCUAGCACCAGUCUAAUCCAAAAUAAGAAUGCCAGAGGUAGAAAGAAUCUAGUCAAAGAUGUCAGGACCUUUGUUGAGGAGGAAGCCGAGGUAUCUUCUGACGUUGAUGCAUCUGAAGACGAGGAAGAUGAGCAGGACUACAAUUCAUACGAUAGUUUCAUAGAUGACAGGAUGAGUCCAACUGCCUCAAGUACUCCAGCUGAAAGUUGUAGAAUUGACAUGAUGGCAAUUUACAGGCGUUCUUUGCUCAGCCAAUCACCAAUGGAGAGGCAGCAUAACCACUUUGCCACCUUUAGUCCCAUCUCUGUGGCUCCGAUGAGCAGGAUAGGUGAAAAUGGAAGUUCUUCGGGCAAGACCCUAUACUCUCUCCGAAUGCCACAAACUGACUCUGGAAAUCAGUUAACAGGAAGAAAUUCAGAAUCCUUUCAAACGGGCAGGAGCUCUUCACAAGUGCCAUGUACAACCAGUGUUACCAUAAAGGGAAAUCAGGAGAUGGAAACUAGAAAGAGAAAAUUAAGUUUAUAUCAAUCAGAAUCGACUCCUACAAUUAACUUAGAGACAGAAUUCUUGCUUCAAUCAGAGGCUGCAGGCAGGGAAUCAUUACAGCAUUGUGACACUAAUGAAGAUGCAAGUAAGGAUGCUUUUUAUGAUGAUCAAUUUUAUGAAGAUCUUGACCUUGAUGCGGUGGAGGCACAGGCUACCUUGCUUCUCAAACAGAAAUCUGAGCUUCCUCACCCAAAAAACCCGAUACCCAGUUCUCCAUCAUUUGAUCUUGGGAUAUGAUUAUCAAGAGUUAAGAAAAAAAAAAUUGUAUAAAAAGCCUGUUCAAAUUCACUCAAUAGAAUCGAGUGUGUUAGCCAUGACUAGUUGGGGAACUCUUAACUUUUGAGAUCAGAGAUUUCUUUUUUUCGUUUCUCAAUGUUAGAAAAAGGGAAGGUACAGAGUUUAGGGAGGAGCCGGGAGCAAGGGGAGGUUCUAGUUAAUACAAAUGUAAUUUAUUGUAUGAAGUUGUGUAAAGCCCAUGCAAGGAGGGGGAUAAUCAGGUAUACUUAAAAGAUAUACAUCUAGUGUUCAGAAUGUU